GAGGGUUGAGGGAUAAUAUUUUAUAAAGUUGUCGCAAAGUAUCAAUUUCAUAAGAGUUGAUCCAGUUUUCCUGGGAUAUUUUGACACUUUUCUGGGAUAAUUUGACACACUUUUUGCUGGGAUAUUUAGUAUCGGGGAACCUGAGCCGGUCUCUAAGCAUGGACAUUCUGGAUGAGGAGCUGAUUUGUGUUAUUUGCCGGGAUAUCUUUGUAGAUCCUGUCACCCUGCCGUGUGGGCACAACUUCUGCAGCGGCUGUGUGGCGCAACUCAAGCGCUGGGUCAGGGGCUCGGACCCGGCCACAGAUGACGCAGACGAUGGCAGUGCUGCUACCCCCGCCUCCUCCCGGGCGGUGCCCUGCUACAGCUGCCCCCUCUGCUUCUCCAGGUGCCCCAUGAGCCUGGAGCUGAAGAGGAACGUGGCCUUGCACAACAUCAUCGAGAGGUACUGGCAGAGGGGGGAGGCCGGCCCAGGCUCUCUGAGCUGCGACCUGUGCAAGGGGCUGCAGAGGGCGCCGGCUGACAAGAGCUGCGUGAACUGCGGGGAAUCUUUCUGCGCCGUGCACCUCAUGCCGCACCUGGAGAACCCGGCUUUCCAGGACCACGUCCUGGUGAGGCCAACUGCCCACAUCAGCCGCCUGUGUAAGCAGCAUGGCAAAGAGCUGGAGCUCUACUGCCAGACUGACCAAUGCCCUCUCUGUGCCUAUUGCAUGUUACCCGCCGAGACCUCUCACCACCACCACCAGGUCCUUAAACUGACUGACGCCACUGCCAUAAUCAAGAACGAGUGCAAACAUGAACUCAACAAAGUUGCCAAAAAUCUGGCUGCUGUGGAAAAUGGACUUUGUAAUUUGGAGGAAACUGCAGCUGCUCAGAAGGACAAGUUAAAAAAACAGCAACAGACACACUUGGAUUUCUUCAGGAAAGUUCAGCUUUUUCUUGAUAUUGAGGAGAGAGCAUGGAAAAAAAGAUUUUCUGUUACAACUGCCCAGUUGAAUCUGAUGGUUGACUGUAAGGUAGCAAAGCUGAAGCAGUCGCAGGCAAAGCUGCAGCAAGCUAAAGGUACUUUGCAGAUUGCAUUUAGUAUGGAAAACCCCAUGCUAUUGCUGCAGGUUCUGAGCAGUGUUAGAAGUGCUGAAGUUAAGGAACAGGAUCUUGGUUUGAAAGAGCUCCAGGAUGUGACAAACGACUUAAAAAAUAAAGAGCCACAUUUUACCAAGAUCAGAAAUGUUCCCAGAAUUUUAACAGCUUUGGGUGAAUUAUUUACAAGUCAAGCUAUCCAAUUGGAUACAAGCAGUGCUCAUACGCAGCUGAAGAUCAGUAGGAAAGGCACAGCAGUUGAAGCCGUUGAGGCGAAGCAAAGCGAACAGUUCAAUACAGAACGCUUCAGCACCUCUUUCAAUGUACUUGCCAAAACAGGCUACACUACUGGCCUUCACUACUGGGAGGUCAGCGUGAAAAAUAUUCCUUCGUGGGCUGUGGGGAUAGCCUACCAGAGCAUCCCACGUACACCACCGGGAAGCAGGCUAGGAGCCGAAGAAAAUUCCUGGGCCUUUUCCUGCACGGAAGGGGGUCUUUGCUGUGCUCAACAUCACAUGGAAGUGAUGUCUUUCCGCUAUGAAAAGCGACUGGAGAAAAUUGGAGUCUACCUGGAUUGUGACAGCGGUAUUCUUGCAUUUUGUGAUGCAGAUUCCGUGCAGUGUUUGUACACGUUCUAUUGUACCAUCAAAACACCGGUGUUUCCCGCCUUUUGUCCGAACUUUAACGAGGAUAAAGAAUUUUCAGUGGUUCCCAUGAUAAUCCACAGUGAUAUUAUCAACUGAAAUGCAUCGCUAGAAUGCAGACUGCUAUAUUUUAGAAUGCGAGUGCACUAGUUCAGACAAAUAGACUUUCCAAUUUGGUGGGAAUAUCUCUGGCAGGAUAGGAGUUCUCAGACGAACCUCCUGCCUCUGACCAUAUCUUUGUCCCCAAACUCACUUUCAGGUCAGAAGUGGGCUGCCCAGUCUUUGGCAGAGUAUCGCACUAAAUAGGAGGCUUUCUGUGGCAUCCUAACUUCACGUGUUUUAAUUUUGAUUUACACACACACCCAUAUGUAUGGAUGAGCGCAUUAUUUGUACUAGUUCUGGUUUUAUUUAGUUUGGUUUUAUUUAGUUUGUGACAUACCUUUUAAGACUAAUACUUGUUAGGGAAGAUCACGUGACCUGUGGUGACCAACAGGAGAGUAGCGCGGGCUACCUCAUCAGUCAGUAUAGAGAGAUAGAGUUGGAGUUGAAAGCACACAUGUAGUUGCUGCUGAGUAUAUUGUAAAUAAAGUUUCCACCCAAGAAGUGUCUGCUGAUCAACUCUAUCAUUAAUAGCACAACUCGGCCACCCUACAACAAUUAUAAACUGCCAGACAAGGUGGAACAUAGUUACCAAGGGUCCUGCCAGCUUUGUCUGCCCUAGGGCCACUGACAAGACUAGGCAAAGAUAUGCAAUUAGUGUAAAUGGUAAUACUGGAUUAUUUUAAUAAUUUUGAGAUGUGGCUUAAUUUGUUUCUUGUCCCAGAACUCAACCCUGAGGAAAUGUUGUUACCUUAAACUUGUUCCAUGAAGCCUGAAUCAUAGAGUUGUUUUCUGUUGAAACCACUGCUGAUUCACUGAAUGGAAUUGUAAUGUGAUCAUAUUAUCUAUCCAUGCUUAUGCAGUAAUAUGUAAGUUUUUUUUAUUGCUCCUUAUCAAUUGUCCCUCAUGGGAUUUCACCUGUCCUGGUCAAUGAUUGGCAAAGGGAGGGAGACGAGUGCAAUACUAGCUACAUCGCACAAAACUGCCUUGAACUAUAUAUCACACAGCUGAAGGUUGAAUGAUUAUGAACUGCCUGCUUUGCUCAAGCAGCACUGCACUUUGCAUAUUAAUCCAGCCUUCCUUAACUACCUUUUUAGUUUUCAGUACAUGUACAUAAACUAGUACUCAGUACAUGUACAUAAAAGAGAACCAAUCUGUUCAAAUAUACAUUUUCAUAUGGCAAAUAAGCUAUCUAAAACACAUGUGCACUGUGGUCCAGUUCCACAUCAAUGCUUAUGUCCUAUAAUAAGUCUCUAGGUAUGCCCAACUGCCUUUAGCUGCUUCGUCAAUAAUGUUCCUUCCAUCAUAAUGUUGGAAAUAGGAUCCUCGCUGAUGUGCUCAGUAACAUUUGCAACUCCAGCAGUCUGUGCCUAAAUGCAGCAUGACCUGAACAACAUUCAGCCUUGGCCUGAAAUGUGGCAUGGAUGUUACUUCUUUUUGGACUGACGGCAGCCUCCUGUUAGUGGAAAUCGCCAUACGCAUAGCCACUGCAUGGUACCAGCAUGAAACGGCUUCCUUAACCUAAGAUAAAAACAAAAAACUGCGGAUGCUGGAAAUCCAAAAUAAAAAAUA